ACUUCCAGGCGCUACUUAGAAGCCGUAUCAGACGUCUUUAACCCUGGGCCUCGGGCAAGGGCAGCCGUCAUCUAGCGCCUAACUUAAUAUUGUAUGACGUGCUAAUGUUGCCAGGCUAGGUGUUCAUCCUCGUUCCAGUCUAUGUUUGGACCACCGGGUGAAGUUAUCAUCAUAGUACUACCAACUCCACAUUCAUCGAACGCCGAAUCGAUAUCUCGGAUAACAUGGCUACCGAUAGCUUCUGCCAGAUCUAUUCGAAGAGAAGUAGAGAAAGCUCUGACUCCUGUUGUUACAUCCGCUUUAUACUCAAGGUCACGAUCGCACUGUUAAAAAUGAUGAACACCUAUGAUGACGCGUAUUCAAGUUCAUCGCAUCUCGACCGUAGUGAGGGCCGAUCGCACUCGAAUGUUCUUGAGAUAGAGAUAUCUGAUAUAUCUUUGCGUGGAAACCUACCCAAAGUCGGGAGAAGUUCGUUGGACGACUUCUUCUGCGUGCGUAUCGGUGUUUGCAACCAGUUGCAGACAACGGGCUGGGCACUACGAUCUUACAAGUGGAACAAGACACAUCGCUUCAAAGUUGACGAGUCUUCCAAAGUCACAUUCAGCGUCGAUGCCUGUGAUAUCCGACACUCCCGGCGGAUUGGUAGCUUCGAGGACACCGUCGGAAAGCUCUUGGAGUGUUCAGGUCCCAUCACGCGGACUGUCGACUUGUAUGGAUCAGGAGGCCAAGAAAUCGGAAUUCACUUUAGGAUUUCUCCCAUCCAAUCUUCGACCAUCAACAAGUUAUCCAUCUCUUACAUCGACCUGCAAGAUUUGCCCUCCGUUCAUCACAACACAUUCCGUGUUCAAGUGGCUAUAGAUGGCACUAUCUGGGAGUGUCCCUCAAAGCCCAGUCAUCAAGGACGCUCCAGAUGGACAGACGGAUAUGAUUUUCCAUUCCAACUGAACUCGCAUGCUUCACUGCAAAUUUUUGCGACACGUUGGCUACACAAAAACAAGCCGAUAGCUGCGGUGGAAGGUUCCGUGAAAGAAUGGCUCGCUGCACCCAACGGUGUUGUUCACAAGACUCUCGAGUCCAUGGGCACAAAAAUUCAGGCAGAAUUCAAGGUCUCUCAGACUUCAGGUGUGUCUACCGCUGAGAAAGCUGCCGAUCCGGUGGUGGAGAAACAUAACAAACUGGACACAAAGGAGACCGAUGCAUUGGACAUUUCCGUCGUUAUCCUGGAUAUCGACCGCGUUCCUAAAUUCGGAAAGCUGUCUUGGGAUGAUCGAUUCUUCCUCGAAAUUCACGCGACGAAUAACGAAGAGUCUCAUAACAUCAUAUCUCAAGGACAACAGGGGGUGAAGUGCUUAAUGUGGGAUACAACAUUCACGUUUAACGUUUCUCAAACAUCACGACUUGUGUUUCGUGUUCUCGGCUAUGACGGAAAAGAAAGCGAACCAAUUCCUAUCGGCAUUGCUAUUUUCGAAGUCGAUGAACUUCUGCAGCAAAACAGCUUGAUCAGACGUCCGUUUCUAUCAUCUGCAGCGUUCGUGCACAUAGAUGGAAUUCCCACUUUGUCUUUCAGAGCAGCACAAGCUGGUGCUACGUCAUCUACAGGCUCUAUGUCACUCACAAGGUCCUUGGGUUCUUUCACGCAGGAGCUUUCUGCUGCCGUUAACCGUACUGCGGAUCUCAACGUCCAACCCAGCCAACCAAGAGACUACGAUCAAGAUAAGAGAAUCAUCGAAGAUGCAAUUUCUCGGGCUAGCAAAGACAAUGGCGGCGAUGAACACCUUUACCCCCUCCUGGUAAAGAUCGGUAUCUUUGUCUCGGUGGCUGAAAGACUGGCUAAGCUUCACCCCUACGCAAAUAUUGCAUUUUCGAUACUGGCAACAGGAUACGAGGUCAUCAGGCAAAAGAUCGCCUGCGAAAACGGCGUGAUUCGGCUGAUGCAUACUAUGCAAGAAACUUACGAUCUUGUCAUGACCGUCGAUGCCCUCCCAUACCUGCAUAAACAAAAAAACGUUCUCAAAGCUAUCGUGCAGCAAACAAUCGAAUGCGCGUUCUUCAUCCGCGAUUAUAUGGAUACUCGAGACAGCUUUGUGCAAGUGAUCAGGAAUUCAGUACUGAACGUGGAAUCUCAGAUCAAAGAAUUUGAAAACGCAUUCAAAGACCUUCAACACAGUUUUCAGAACUAUAUGGCCGUCUCCACACAGCUCACUGUGCUCAAAAUCUUAGAAGAUGUUCAAGAUCUUGGUGCAAAGGCAGAUUUUCGCGAUAUGCAUUACGCCACAGAUGCUAGAUGUGCUGCAUCAUGUGCCGUUCAUCUACCGGCGAACCAUGCGGCGCCCCCGGCUGACCUCAUAACAUCCCUACAGAGCUGGGUUAUCGGGGACAGCAAGGAAUCAGAGAGGAUCUGCGUCCUGUCUGGACCUGUAGAGUCGUGCAGCGCCAUCGCGCUACUGGUUGGAAAACGAUUUCAGUUCGCGUCACGCCUUGGUUCUUCAUAUUGCUUUCGAGGUACCAGGUACAACGACACCCGGAGUUACACAAACCUGUUCUCAACAAUCGCCCGUGAUCUGGCAGAUCGUAAUGUUCAGUUCAAGCAGAAUCUCUGGAGGGCCGUGGGAAAUGAUACGAGUUUACGCAAGACACGGGUGGCGAAGACGCAGUUUGAGGAAUUUAUCCUCGCUCCCUCUAGGGAUGUCGUUUGGAACGGUCCAUAUCUGGUCAUCAUUGACGGUCUGGAGGUGGGAGGGAAUGAAGCCACAAGGAAGGAAGUAUUGAGUGUCCUCGUGGAGAAAGGGGCCGAGCUUCCCAGAAACCUCCGAUUCCUGAUCACUUGCCGGCUGGAGGAUGACAUAUGCAAAGCUUUUAGCGGUCAAUCACAUGUUCUGCGCCGGCAACUGGGGGAAGCUUGUAGCUCCCUCGCAAUGUCACGCGCCCAUAAUCAUCAGGAGCAUGCGAGCACGUAAUGCCUCGUCUUCUUCCAGUCGUGCUCCGAGCAUAGCACGUAAUUAGACCUGAACUAAGUGUUGACUCUUCCUCUAUCACCGUCACUCGAGGUGUCAAGCUGGGCUUCUAUGACACUCAACUCAUGAGCUCAAUUUCGUCGUCCCAAUAACUUGCUAUGACUUCCUUAUUCAUGACUCCCUUGAUGUAUUACACUCAAAUUUUCAUUAGUCUUGCAUUAUGUUGUUCUGAUACUUACUCGUUGUACAAACGUGUUCUUGAGCGACUCCGUUCGAAGAAAAUGUCUGCAAAAGCAAUUCACAGUAAACUAUCCAAGUAUGGUAUCACAUGUACCAUGUGCAGUAGAAUAC